GGUUCCUCAGUUGCCUGUUACAACAAAGCACGUCUUGUCAUUUCAUGGGUCUGUGAUGUGCAGGCAAAACAAAUAACUUCAAGGCUGAAUGUAGAAGUAGGCAGAUCCUUCCUCUUAAAGGGUAAAGAAGAAUACUUCCUGGUUUGCAACAUAUUUAUAUAUAAGAUCAGUCCAAGUGGCAUUACUGUCUCUAAUGAAAAUGAAAACUAGCCAUUGCUUUAUGCUCCAAUGUUAAGCAUGCUGCAUUGGAAUUAUGUUAUUUUAAAAUUACAUGUCUAUUUUUAAACAAAAAAAUACCAGUUACUUUAAAUGGAUAACCCGGGAUUCGAAAUGAAUGGUGAACGUAUACAAAGUCCUUCAAAUGAAAGGGACCAAAGGAAACACGUGAUACCAGGAAAAAAGUAUCCUUGGUCCAUAAUGAACAUUUUCCUAAUCUGUCUGUGGGUCUGUAUAACAUCUACCAUAAUGGGAGUGCUGAUCUGGUCCUUGGUCUACAUUAAAAACGUUGGGAGUAUGAUACAGCCAAACAUGCAAAAGCAGGAAGUAUCCUCCCCACAAACACCAGCAGGAAUGUCAGACAGAAAGAGAGUGGAUGUCAGAUUCCAGUUUCUGAAUCAUCUGGGUAAAUCUAAGGUACAUCAUUUUCCUGGGGGUGAUAUUCAAUGGGCAAGAUUCAGGCAUGAUAUAAAUGAGUAUCAGAGCGAUGAAGAAAUGGCAUUUGGAACCAGCAUCAACACCCGUCAGUCUGAGAUGACUUUUGGCACCUUACAGAUCAAGAGCAAAGGACUCCGGGCCCCACAUUGGCAUUUUAAUGCCAAUGAACAUGGUUUUCUACUUAAGGGUACUGCCUGGAUUGGUGUUGUUGAUGCUGAUGCCAGUACAGUAACCACAUACAAUGUUACAGCUGGACAAGUGAUUUUCUUCCCAAAAAAUACAUUGCACUGGAUAAAAAAUGUGGGAGAAGACGACUGCUUGUUCUUGCUGUUUUUUACAACACAUGAAGAACUUCAAACUCUGGAUGUUGAUGAUGUAUUUUUCUCUACACCAGAAGACAUAGCAGCAAGGUCAUUAAAGCCAGAAGGUGGAGUUAGUUUUAUUAGAUCGUUCAAGAAACAGACAGAAGACCAGGCCAUUAACCUACCACCGAACUUAAUGGAACUGAUUCAGAAUGCCAGCUAUGUGCAGUCUCCAGACAAGCUUGUGUGGCGGUACUUCUACAACCUCAAAGCAUCAGCAGAAUAUCGUUUUCCAGGAGGAAUAAUCCAGUGGGCUCGUUAUCGCACAAAUGGAACUGGUCUAAAUAGCACUGAGCAAAUUUUCAGUGAGUCACUGAAUAAGCAUGAAAAUACCCUUACCAUAGGAACUCUCAGGAUAUAUAGCAAUGGACUACGUCAGCCUCAUUUUCAUUUCAAUGCUAAUGAGAUGGGCUAUGUCAUUAGUGGCUGUGGAAAGGUGGGCAUUAUUGUUUCAUCUGAAGUUACCACAAACUUCGACAUUGGUGUUGGAGAUGUUGUAUUUUUCCCUCUUGGAACGCAACAUUAUAUCAAAAGCAUUUGUGAUGAGGACUUGGUUUUGGUUCUAGCCUUCAGUACAGGCAACCAGCUUCAGACACUUGAUAUGGAUGACUAUUUCCAUGCCACCGCAGACCAUAUUCUAGCCCAGCUUUUCUGGAAGAAACAGGAGGAGUUCAAGAAGAUUCCAAGGUUUAGGGAGGAUCAGGCAAUUAACCUACCAUAACAGCCCCAAACAAUAAUACUUUCUUACUCAUUUGUCUUGUUGUUUGUAGCACUUGCUGGUAUUUUUAUUGCUGUUUGCAGUAAAGCUUUUAGAAAAACUCUGUAAUGUUAUUACAAAGUUAUUUUAAGUUCAUAUUUACUGAUCCUUUUAGAUUUCCAGGACCAAAUUAUUAUUUAGUUACUUAAACAUUCAUGAAGUACUUAUCUAAGUACUACAUUUGCUGUGUACCAUUUAUUAAUUCAUACAUUUCAUCCUCUUUUGUUUCACAUCAAAGCAAUGAAAGUUAAUCAUACACACAUUAUCUAUUUAUAGAGACCAUGCCCUCUGCAUACAAGUUAUACUCAGUUCUCCUCCUGUUGACUGAAACUGGGCAUGUCUAUACAUGCAUUUGAUCUGGGAUUAGUUUACUUAUGAGUGAA